GAAAAGAAGAUGUGGCCCAAACCUUCCCACAUGAUCGGACAGCUGCACUGGAGCCUCCAGUUCUAACGUCACACCGCCAUCCUCGUGUCUGAGUCUGUGGAAAAGCGCAAUGACCACGCAAUUCAAGAGCGGACCUGCUUUCGGACUGUCUGCGGAGGUCAAGAGUAAGCUGGCCCACAAAUAUGACCCACAAAAGGAGGAGGAGCUAAGAAUGUGGAUCAAUGAGGUCACAGGCCGCAGACUUCCCGAGAACUUCAUGGAGGGACUGAAAGACGGAGUUAUACUCUGCGAGCUCAUCAACACUCUUCAGCCCGGUUCGGUAAAAAAGAUCAACAAAUCUCCUCAAAACUGGCAUCAGCUGGAAAAUAUUGGUAAUUUCGUCCGAGCCAUUCAAGAGUAUGGACUGAAGCCACAUGAUAUAUUUGAGGCCAACGACCUGUUUGAGAACGUCAACCACACUCAGGUCCAGAGCACACUUAUUACGCUGGCUGGGAUGGCCAAAUCUAAAGGCUUCCAUUCGAAAUACGACGUUGGAGUGAAAUAUGCAGAGAAACAACAGCGCAAAUUUGAUCCGGAGAAACUGAAGGAAGGACGCAAUAUUAUUGGUCUGCAGAUGGGCACCAAUAAGUUUGCCAGUCAGAAGGGUAUGACAUCUUACGGCACACGGCGUCACCUCUAUGACCCAAAGACGGGUAUGGAGAAUCCUCUGGACCAAUCAACAAUCAGCCUGCAGAUGGGCACCAACAAAGGAGCCAGUCAGUCCGGCAUGACGGCCCCCGGCACCAAGCGGCAGAUCUUCGAUAAGAAGCUGGACAUGGAGAUGUGCGACACCUCUACCGUCUCGCUGCAGAUGGGCACCAAUAAAGUGGCGUCCCAGACCGGCAUGACGGUGUACGGUCUGCCCCGUCAGGUGUACGACAGCAAGUACUGCUCCAGCCCCGAUGACUACAUCAACAACGGCCAGGACUCAGAGAUGGAUGGAUACCAGUACUCUGACUAGGAUGAACAGACAGCUGCCAGCACACUGCUUCUUUCCAAACUCACCUGCACUGUGUUUAAAAUCCAAAGUCCUGUCGAGCAGAAGGAGCAGCUUGAACUGUUUCCUGAGAUCACGGCCACCGAUCACAGCUGAGAACUUCAGUGACUGACCGCUCGUCCAAAACAAACUUAGGACGAAAGUCUUUGGCUCUUUGUCUUUUACACAGGCUUUUUAUGCUUCUCACUCAUUUAGUUUUAUAAUUAUUAUUAUUUCAGUUUUAUUGAUAUUUUUUUGAGUGCGUCAUUCCCCAAUCUCCUGCAUGGCCCGAUUUUCUUAUAAG